AUCAGCCUCCUGCAGGAUUCUGUUCACAGUCACAGGCGCCGGCCAGCACUCACACUGUGAGCAGGUAGAGGUGACCGAGAGUGUUCUCCAGUCUACUUGUUGCUUCGCCCCAGGAGGGGUGGACAGAGCGGACUGGACAUGGUGAUGUCUGUGUAAAACAGUAACAUGUCACCACAUAGCCCAUGAUGCCUCCAUCAGCUCCCAGCACAGCACCGGAGAUCUGCACGGACAUAAGUUUUUACGCGUAUUCUCUUGAAAUGUUGCUGAUCUCCGUCCUUAAGGUGAAUCGGGAGAAACGGAAACCCACAAGAAGAAACGAGGAGGGACCCUGAUGUGGUCAUCAACAGGACUAUGUCUUCUUAAUCUGACGGACUGUAUCUUCCAGUCUUUUCUAGUGACCGACUGACUUGAGUGAAGAUGAUCAAAGAGGGGUCUCGGUCGGCCACCUCGCUGCCACCGGAUGCCAUGGACAUCAUCCGCAGCAAGACCAACACCCGCCGAGUGAGACUCAAUGUCGGGGGCCUUCUCCACGAAGUCCUGUGGAGGACGCUGGACAGGCUGCCCCGCACAAGACUGGGCAAACUGAGAGACUGCAGCACCCACGACUCUAUCAUCGAGAUAUGCGACGACUACAGCUUGGACAGCAACGAGUACUUUUUCGACAGACACCCCGGCGCCUUCACCUCCAUUCUGAACUUCUACCGCACCGGAAAGUUGCACAUGAUGGAGGAAAUGUGCGCCCUGUCGUUCAGUCAAGAGCUGGACUUCUGGGGCAUCGACGAGAUCUACCUGGAGUCCUGCUGCCAGGCCAGGUACCACCAGAAAAAGGAGCAGAUGAAUGAAGAGCUGAAAAGAGAGGCCGAGAACAUGAGGGACAUGGGUGGAGAGGAGUUUACAACCACAUGUUGUUCCGAGAAGAGAAAGAAACUCUGGGACCUCUUGGAGAAGCCGAGCUCAUCAUUUGCUGCUAAGAUCCUGGCAAUUAUCUCCAUCCUCUUCAUUGUGUUGUCUACCAUUGCCUUGUCUCUGAACACCCUUCCAGAGCUGCAGGACACAGAUGAGUUUGGUCAUUCCACAGACAACCCGCAGCUGGCCCAUGUGGAAGCUGUGUGUAUUGCCUGGUUUACCAUGGAGUACCUACUUCGCUUUCUCUCUUCCCCCAACAAGUGGAAGUUCUUUAAGGGUCCUCUGAAUAUAAUCGACCUGCUGGCCAUCCUGCCCUACUACGUCACCAUCUUCCUGACAGAAUCCAACAAGAGUGUGCUGCAAUUUCAAAACGUGCGCCGCGUGGUUCAGAUUUUCCGAAUCAUGCGGAUCUUGCGUAUUUUGAAGCUGGCUCGUCACUCCACAGGUCUUCAGUCUCUAGGUUUCACUCUUAGGAGGAGCUACAAUGAGCUGGGUCUGCUUAUCCUUUUCUUGGCCAUGGGCAUCAUGAUAUUCUCCAGUCUGGUGUUCUUUGCCGAAAAGGAUGAAGAGGACACCAAGUUCAAAAGCAUCCCAGCUUCCUUCUGGUGGGCUACCAUUACUAUGACCACAGUAGGCUAUGGAGAUAUUUACCCCAAAACUCUACUGGGAAAGAUAGUUGGAGGUUUGUGCUGCAUCGCCGGAGUACUGGUGAUAGCCCUGCCUAUCCCCAUCAUCGUGAAUAACUUCUCUGAGUUCUACAAAGAGCAAAAGAGGCAGGAGAAAGCCAUUAAAAGAAGGGAGGCUCUGGAGAGGGCUAAGAGAAAUGGUAGCAUUGUUUCUAUGAACACGAAAGAUGCAUUUGGCCGCAGUAUAGAGCUCAUGGAUAUAAUGGUGGAAAAUACUGAGCAAAAGAAGGAGAAGGUGCAUGAUAAUCAUGUGUCUGCUAGUCGGCAAAAAGGGACACUCAAACUCAAGUCACAUAUGAGCCCCAGCAGCCCCACCAAAAACCUUGAAUCCAACUACCAAGAGCAGGCCAAGCCCUCAAGCAGCCCUCAGCAUCUCAGUGCACAGAAACUGGAGGAGAUAUACAACAAGAUGGCCAAGGCCCAGUCACAACUCGACAUCAACAGCAAGGAAAAAGGGCUGCCAUCCAAAGCAGUUGGGCAGGUAUCUGAAUUAGAGAUGGGAAGUAUUCCCACUGAAGCCAUCUCAAGCAAAGCAGAGGCAGUUGUAGACAUAAGGAGCAUGUCCAGCAUUGACAGCUUCAUCAGCUGCGCCACUGACUUACCUGAGAGCUCUCGUUUUCCCCACAGCCCCGCCAGCAGCAUGCUAGGGAGGGUCAGUACCAACCCCAGCCUGGAGCCCACCCUGGAGAAUGAGCAUGAAGGAUCCCAGGGUACCACUACACCCCUGACAGGACAAGGCACCAAGCCUGGCCUGCAUUCUGACAGCCCCAGGAGUCUGCCCUUCAACAAACCACAUAAAAGCCACUCACUCAAGGUCAACUUCAGAGCUCGGGAGGAUUCAGGGACAGGGGCUCUCUCAGACAGCUCAUCAGUCCGGAGCCCUGAGGUGUCCAUCUACACAACUGCCAGCAGCAGGACACCCAGCAAGAGCCCAGAGAAUGUAAUGCCUAGCAGCCUCUUCACAUUCCACGAUGCAUCCAUCAAUACAUUCAUAGAUGCUGACACAGAUGAGGAGGAGCACCUGUAUGAUGGUUCAGGCACCAAACCAUCCCAAAGACUUCUGGAAAGAACCAGGCACACGUUUGGCCAUCACUCCAGCUUCCAGCAAGGGGCCAACCACAUGGAGGGCCUACAGAGGAAGCUGGAAAACAGCACACUGCCGCCAGAAGGGCAAGAGAACCAUGUGGCUCAGGAACUACAGCCAUUUCAGGGAGAGAAGAGUCACUCUAACGCUUAAAGUAGGAGUGACCACGGAGGAAACAUACAGGAGAGGAGGAAGCAGAAAGGAAAAUGUAAGAAGCACAGUGAACUCAGAAAAACUGAACCUCCCAAAAAUAUGAAAGACAAUGAAAACAUUUGCAGGAACAUUUGAAGAAUUACAACACAAAAUGCUUCUCCCAUGAAAAUAGAUGCAGACAAUGGGAAAUAUGUUUGUGUUUUGCUCUCAAACCUUUGCCUACCAAGGACUCCUGAAUUAGUUAGUUUAGCAGAGGACUCUGAUCUAAGAGGUUUUAAAAGUGUCUGUCUGAUAAUUUUUACUAUUUAUACAUCUGUUUUAGCCCAGAUCAUCAUAUAAUAAUCACCGCCUAGUUUUAAGAGUAUAGGAUAUCAUUUUUAUAAGCAAAAACCUAUUUUUCUGACAUCCCCUGGGUACUACUUUAAAGCCACUAUAGCAAACACUGUCCAAUCAGUAGCAACCCACAGAGGGCAUUGAAACAUGGCACUGCAAAAUGGGAAACUCAUUCAGCUGAGGUAUUUCAAAUAAUUACGUUGUUGUGUGAAACGAGAACUUACAUUUGUCUUUAAGUUAUUGGUAACACAGUGUAUAAAUAUGGCAUUACAAAGGCAACAGUGUGUUGUGAAAAUGUAUAGUUUGCUUCCUUUAACUUCCUUCCUCAAAACUGGCCUUAGUUUAUGUUGUCACCCAUGUUUAAUGUUUGUAUGAGUGAGAAAGAGAGACAUAUAUACGGGCAGACAGUACACACAAAAAACAGUACUGUAUAUUCAUUGUUAUGUAGCGUUCUUGAUCUCUUAAGUGUGAAGUUGAGGAGCAUCAAGUAUUUCCGUCUGAGUUUAGUGUCAUGCUCGUCCAUGUUUUUUUACUGCACAGAAAACAUUUAGACAACACAAAGAGACACUGUGAGGCUGCAUCCAUCGAUUUCCUUCUUGUUCCAAUGGUGCCCGACUGCUGGCAAGAGAGAGCACUUUAACAUGAUAUUAUUUUCAUUAUAAACAGAAAAAACUCUUUAUUCUUGUUUGUAGUGGUGUUAUCAGAGUUUUAACCUGCAGAAAAUCUAAAUUUCUUUAUGUGUUAUUUCAAAAUGUUCUCAAAGGUGUCUCGAAGGAGGAGUCAUCAUACCUAUUGUAGCUGAUAACUUCAUAUAAAAUGACAGGUCUGAUGAGCAUCACUAGCUGGAAAGACAGCACUGAAAAUCACUGAGAUUUUUUACAUUGAACCUCCACUUUUGGAAUGUGACUACUGUACAUGUAUAACUACAAAAGUAGAAUAUUACACAUACAAAAAAAGCAUUAAAUGUACAAGGUACAGAAUGAAAAUAAUUUAUAUUUUAAAGAUAUUUUCUAAAAGAAUUGACUCUUAGACAAAUAUAUUGUGCUAAUUUCGUAGUUUUGCAUUUCGAUAUAUGUACUGCAUAAUUUUGAUGGAGUUGCAUUUGUUAGACAAUAUACUGUAGUAGAUGAAUUUGUAUUGUUUGCUACUGUCUCCCCGUAAAUGUCUGUUCCUCUAUCCUUAUUUACAAUGUGAAGAACCAAAGAAUUGUUCUUUCUGAUAACUUGUACAGAUGAUGGUAAGUUUUACUGUUUUAUCUCAAAAAUGUAAGGCAUUUAGGCCUUACUUAGGCAUUCCUUUUCUAAAUCUGACAUACUUCAGGGAGCCAUACUUGCUCAUGCGGUACAAACAUGUAAGUAGACGUGAGGACUGCCCUUUGAAGAAGAAAGCUGUUGACAGGGAAUGAAAAGAAUAGAUGGAAAAUGAAGAGGGAACAUGGCACUUUAUUUCACACCCAUUUCAAAAGCUAAAAUUGGAUUAUUUACACACUGUGGAUCUUGGCAAGUGGUUCGCUUCCAGAGAUCCAAAACAUUACACUCACAUGAGUUCAUGUGACAUCUCUUACAAACACAAAGCCACCUCGCAGCAGUUCAACCAAAUAUCCUGCAUCCUGCACCUGACUCCAAACA